AUGAAGGACUCUUUUGGCAUUGACGUUCUGCAUCAGCACGACCAACAUUGCUCUGCGCAAGCAUCAGUGCAGUCAUCUCUUUACCAUCAAGAGGGUGUGGCCAGUCACGCGGUGGAUGGCAAUAGGGACGGAAACUACGGCAAUUGGUCAUGCACACAUACAAAUGCGGAGACCAAUCCCUGGUGGAGAGUGGACCUUGGGGCGAGUCAUCGUGUCGCUCAGGUCUUCAUUGUUGCCAGGUCUGAUUGCUGCGGGGACAAACAGGAGUUGAGAAACAUCGUGAUCCACGUAGGCGAUAGCCUGGCGAACAACGGCAACACCAAUGCUCGAUGCGGGGGAGCUUACACUAUCCCCCAGGGAAAGAAUUUGACCAUCACCUGCUCGCCCGCGCUCCAAGGGCGAUACGUCAGUAUCAUGUUACCUGGGGCGAAACAGAUUCUCACUCUGUGCGAGGUUGAAGUGUAUCCGUGUAACCAAUGAGUUCAAAUGUAAAAUACCAUUAAAGCCAUGUCCUUAAUAUAAGAUAGUAUUAGGGCUACGUCGCAGCCCUCAGUUUGAUAAACUCUCUUCUAAAAUUAAUAAAAGCAGCAACAAAAAUUUA